AUGGCUUCCUUCAUGUCCAACUUCUUCCCGGGCGCCGGCAAGGCCUCGGACAUUUCCGCCCGCCCUUCCACCCCCAGCAAGCAUAACAGCUUCAUCGAGCCCUCCAACACGCCCCAGGGCAGCCCAAGCAAGAAGACGGCCCCGCCUGGCGCUCACGACCUGCCCUCGGCCUUUGACCACGCCAUGAACCUUGGCAGCGGAAGCAGCAGCAGCAACAAAGCCAACGGCAGCAGCAGCAGCAGCAAAAAUCCUUCUUCGAGCAGCGCCACCAACUCCCCCGUCAAGCUGACCCGGCCCCAGAGCGUCGUCACCGCCCCGCCGCUAUCCCCCACCAAGUCCAAGGCUCAGCCGCUCGACGAGGCCAACACCAAUGUCGAUGAUAGCAUCGUACACAAAAACCCCGUGUCUGGAAACCCUGUGAAGAAGCAGGGGCAGGAGAACACACCCCCCGUCCCUCGCCUGGCUCCUGGCGAUGCGCCCGCCCAGCACAGCCAUGCCGCCCUGUCGCGUCAGCAGCACUAUGAGCCUAGGGAGAGGACUCAUGUCCAGACAAAGAGGUUCAACACCUCGCGCGGUCUCACUGCGGAAGAGCGCGAACUGCUGCAGAAGCCGAGCAUUCGUAGACUGACCAAUGUCACCCAGCUUUACUUUCUCGACUACUACUUUGAUCUCCUGACAUACGUCGGCAGUCGACAGAACCGACUAGCCGCCUUUAAGUCGGAAUACCCGCCGCCGCCCGAGACAGACGAGCAGACAUUCAGCCAGAUGUGGACCAAGUACGCCGGCCGCGAGCGGGCCAAUCUGCGCAAGCGGCGCGUGCGUCUCAGGCAAGGCGAUUUCCAGAUCCUGACGCAGGUCGGCCAGGGCGGCUAUGGCCAGGUGUUUCUGGCGCAGAAGAAGGACACGCGCGAGGUGUGCGCUCUCAAGGUGAUGAGCAAGAAGCUGCUAUUCAAGCUGGACGAGGUGCGGCACGUGCUCACGGAGAGGGAUAUUCUCACGACGGCGCACAGUGAGUGGCUGGUCCGACUGCUGUAUUCGUUCCAGGAUGACAAGAGCAUCUAUCUUGCCAUGGAGUAUGUCCCCGGCGGCGACUUCCGGACGCUGCUUAACAACACGGGUGUCCUCUCGAAUCGGCACGCCCGCUUCUACAUUGCCGAGAUGUUCUGCUGCGUCAACGCGUUGCACGAGCUGGGGUACAUCCACCGAGACCUCAAGCCGGAGAACUUCCUGGUGGACUCGUCGGGACACGUCAAGCUGACCGAUUUUGGGCUGGCGGCGGGCAUGCUGGCGCCGUCGCGGAUCGAGUCGAUGCGGGUCAAGCUGGAGCAGGCGUCUGAGACGUCGGUGCCCUUUGGCAAGCCCAUGGAGCAGCGCACCGUGGCCGAGCGUCGUGAGAGCUACCGUAACAUGCGCGACAAUGACGUCAACUACGCCAAGUCGAUCGUCGGCUCGCCGGACUACAUGGCGCCCGAGGUUCUCCGGGGCGAGGAGUACGACUACACUGUCGACUACUGGAGCCUGGGAUGCAUGCUCUUUGAGGCGCUGACCGGGUUCCCUCCUUUUGUCGGUUCCACUCCAGAAGAGACUUGGCGGAACCUCAAGCACUGGCGGGAGGUGCUCAAGAGGCCCGUAUGGGAGGACCCGAGCUACUUUUUGAGCAACCGCACGUGGAACUUCUUGACGACAGCCAUCAACUCUCGCAGCCGCCGGUUCUCCAAUUUCCAAGACAUCCAGUCGCACGCCUACUUCGCCGAGGUAGACUGGAAGACGCUGCGGCAGACGCGGGCGCCAUUUGUCCCCGAGCUGGACUCGGAGACGGAUGCCGGGUACUUUGACGACUUCUCCAACGAGGCCGACAUGGCCAAGUACAAGGAGGUGCACGACAAGCAGCAGGCCCUCGAGACCAUGGCUGACCGCGAGGAGGAGAUGAGCAAGAGCCUGUUUGUCGGCUUCACCUUUCGACACCGCAAGCCGGCCACCGAGGAAGGCGGCACUCCGCGGAAGCGCAUCCCCGCCACCAUGACAGAGGAGGCAGAAGAGGAUGCCACUACAUUUGGCACCAUGCUCUAG